AUGGCGUCAAUAGACAACUCGCUAAAAGACAGCGAGGUUCAGAAGCAUCUUAACGAAUUGGAGAAUGUUGCUACUGAGGAGGAAUUGGAGAAGAAGUUGGAGAAGUGGAAUAAAUUUGGGUUCAAUGUGUCCAGUUGGAUGAAAUAUUUGUUUAACCAUGACUCUGGUGAGGGGUUUAAAGCUGAAUGGUUGUCUAUAGACGAAUACAAACGCCUCGCGGAGGAGAGUAUGCAGGACGCGUGGAGGGUGGUCCACGCGCCAUCUUGGAAAUUGGAGAAGAGGGGGUCGCAAAAGGGUGAUAUUGUGGAGUCAACUCAGACUGAAAAGUUCGGGAAGGUGUAUCGAUUUACGGGUAUCGUGGACUGUCCAGCCAAGUUCCUGUACAGCGAGUUCAGAGACAAUUUAACCAGGCUGCCGGAGUGGAACCCCACUAUAUUAAAAAGUGAAUUGAUUAAAGAAGUAGGUCCCGGCGUGGACUUGUCGUACCAAGUGACAGCUGGCGGGGGUCGCGGGAUUAUCGCCCCACGGGACUUCGUCAUCCUCCGCCGGACGGCGCCACUGAGUAGUGACGGGAAAGUGACAGAUGACACGCCAUCUAGUUUCAUAUGCAGCGGUGUCAGUGUCACUGUGCCCGGAUACCCGCCGCAUCGGGAUAUGGUCAGGGGACACAAUAAAGUUGGCUGUUGGUUUCUGACCCCCAAGUGGGUUCAAACGCCAAAUGGCAAAGUGGAACAGACGGUCUUCCAGUGGCUAAUGUGCUGUGAUCUUAAAGGUAAAAUACCACAGUUCGUGUUGGACGCGGCUUUCGCUACUGUGAUGUUGGACUAUAUUGUCCAUGUGAGAGCAUUUGCGGCUAGUUGUAAAGCUAAAGGCAUGUUCUAA